AUGGCGUCACCACUACCGAUGAAAUGCAUAAACAGACAGGAUCUGUACACCAACCUUGAGGCCCGAAUCCAAUACCUCCAUUCAUUUCUGGACUUUUCAAGCAACGAUAUUGAAGCAUUAAUAUCAGGGGCCAAAUACAUCAAAGCGCUCGUCCCGGCCGUUGUAAACAUCGUCUAUCGCAAACUCCUCCAAUACGAUAUCACCGCACGGGCUUUUACGACUAAGAACACAACCGAGGCUGGCGACGUUGGCGAGGCCCUGCACGAAGAUAGCCCCCAGAUUUUGCACAGGAAAAUGUUCCUACGAGCGUACCUCAACAAAUUAUGCUCGGACCCAAGUAAAAUGGAAUUCUGGGAGUACCUGGACAAGGUCGGUAUGAUGCAUGUUGGACUUGGCAGAAAGCACCCACUGCACAUUGAAUAUGUGCAUCUUGGAGUAUGCCUCGGCUUUAUCCAAGACAUCAUGACAGAGGCAAUCCUCUCACACCCGCGUUUGUCUAUGCACAGAAAAAUUGCCUUGGUGAAGGCCCUCGGCAAGGUCAUUUGGAUCCAAAACGACUUCAUGGCGAAAUGGCACGUUCGAGAGGCCGAUGAGUUCCAUCUUCUGGAAUCUGACGUGAUUAUUGAGAAGGAGGGUUACCUGCACGGAAAGCAAGUUUUAGAUGACAACCUGCUGGAGGUGGCCGAGACUGGAACAUCAGCGUCAAGCCAUCCCAUCGAAACGAAGAAAACACAAUGCCCAUUUUCGAGCAAUCUUCCGAUUCCAUGCGACAGAAACAGCGACAGCACUCGUGAGCAGACUAGGGAUAAGCUUGCACCAUCUUUGUCGGAGUUUCGUGGAGUGGAGGUUGAGGGCAAGUAA